ACAGAACUUUGUUCUUAGGCUGUGUUCAUUUGAAUCAGAGAAGCUCGAUUCUUCGUAAUUGGGUGAGGUUUAUCCUCAAUCCAUCUAUCCCCUCCUGUUAUGUACAUCUAGGUACAUAACAAUUGGUAUCAGAUUCGUUCGAUCCAUGGAGGUAUUCGUUGAAACUCAUCAACAGAUCUCUGAAAUUCAGAGUUUACCAAGUGAAAAAUGGGUACAAAUGAAUGGAAAAUUGGUAUCAAUAUUGAAACUGGAAAGGUUAGCAAGUGAUGAGUUCGACACUUGCGUUUCGUGGUAUUUGUUUUAUUUGAUGGACAAAAACUGUGUAAAUAGAGAGGACGGCCUCCAAAGGUGGGGCAAAUUGUUAGACAGAGCGGGGAAGAAAUUGGAUAAGAUCUUGUUUCUUAAGGAUACUACUUUAUCUCAUCAACCUCCUCACCGAGUGAAAGUUGCUUCUACACAUAGUGAUGAAUCUUCAGAUUUGGAGUUGAUACCUCAAAAUUUCUUUGCUGAAAACGAAGAUCUUGAGUCACUUGAUGAUGUGAGAUUCCAGUCUGAAGCAGUUGCUAAAACUGAGAUGAUAUACUUCUCCGAGUUGAAUCGAACCAAAAUUGGUGAGGUGAACGAUUCUUCUCUAGAAUUUCACUUCAACAAGUUUGGGGAGAAAUUCGAAAAUCAUGAAUGCUUCAAGGAGUUAUUGUCUAUUCUCUACAGCAAAUCAAAUUAUGUGGCUCGUUCUUCUUUCCCUCUUAAUGACACUCGUUCAUUAUUCGAUAGAGGUAAGUAUGGCCUUAUUUCAUUGAAGUAUUCUAAUGUUUAUUGUAUGGAUUUCUAGCUUUGGGUACCACUCAAAUUAUCGAUCUAGGCAUUUGAUUGUUAGUUUGUGUGUUGAUGAUGAUACAAUUUUUGAUGAGACUCAUGAGAGUAAGCUGUUUGUUGGAAUAGAGAAGAUUGUCUAGAAUAGUUGAAAUUGACCAGGCACGAGCACCGUGGGAUGUCUUAGAUGAGGGUGUAGUUUGGAGGAGUAAUGGCGCUGAUGGUAUUUUCUGGAAGCUCCAACUUAGUUUACAUCAUGAGUUAAGAGCCUUCAUGCCUACAGUGCGUUACAAUUUAAUUGUUGAUGUACGUCUCUUCCUUAAUAUCGAUCCUAACAGCACUGUGUUUGAUCGUGGUAAAGAGAUCGACCUCAUUGUAUGGGUUUCUUGUUUUGCUACAAUUGAUACUCGCUCCUUACUUGAUCGAGGUAAGUGUACUGUGUUACCAUCACUUACUUAUGGGACAUGUCUUCUUCAAUUGCUUCUUAGACUACGGCAUGACUCAUAAUUGCAGUUUAUACAUUCGUUUCCUCAUUUAUGUGUUUAUGAUUUUGCAAUACAUGCUGCGAAAAAAUGUUUGCUCAAAUAACUGAAAGAGGUAGAUUUUUAUUAUUCUUACUGGCUAGAGUAAUUACUUUUGAGCGGUAUAAUCAGUUGAUGUUUCAUAUGGUUGAUAUGUGGAGGGAAGUAAAUUUUAUUUUUCUAAUGCUCCACAAGAUUCCGUUCACUUCAACUAUCUUCUCUCCUAGUUUCAUCCAAGAGCAUUGUCGUAAUCGUGGAAAAGGAUUCGAACUAAUUCAGAGACUUUCUAAUUCUGUGGUUGCCUAUGAAUUCAGUUUUGGUCUAUCUAAUUCUUGCUCAAUUGUACCUGCUUGUAUGAUUUAUACUGGUGGAAAUGAUUUUAUCUUACUACUUACAACAGCGCAAAUAAGUUACAAGUUCAUAGUGAAUGAAUGUCUCUUCCUUAUCAUCAAAUUUGCUCGCUGGAUAUAUGAUAGAGGAAAGUUGUUAGGUAAUCAAGGGUAUUUUACUUUUACAACUUCUUAUAAAUGUUGUGUGGUUACAAUUACUUAUGGGGUGACUGUGUUUCUUGUAUCGAAAUGGACGGCUGCCUACGGUUCUGAAUCUGUUUAUCGAGCUGAUCAUGUUCUAACAACACUUGCAGUAGGCUAUUUAACUUUUGUCAUGUUUGCUAGUUUGUCUCCGUGCUCUGCUCUUGAUGAAAUUUUUUGGUGUUUUCCACCUUGGAGUCUGGUGUAUCAACCCAGAGGAAGCCACUUCCACUUGGAGCUUUAUGGAAAGAUGAUGGCAUUACAGCUGCUACUUACAGUGAUUGACAUUCCAUUAGUGUUUGUGACGUCCUUGCCGUGGGGAUUAAUUUUGUUUCUUAUGGCCUUCUGGGAUGCAGGGAAUGUCAGAGGAUUGUGUCGGCAUUCUCCUUUUGUGAGGCCUCAUAUGGUGUUUAUUGGAGUUUACUUCUCUCUUUCCAGGCUUGUGAACUCAUAUUGUACCUCAGCUGGCAAUGCUUAUUUACAACUGCUUAAAGUUGAAGGUGGCCAGGUAUUUCUGCACUCUGUCAUAAGGACUAGCCCUUGCUACUUACACUAUAAUCAACCUGAAUCAUAUGGCUAUAUUCACCUGUGGAGUCUGAAUAGUGGUAAUUUUUCCUCUCUAUACUUUGUUUACACUUGCUACUUAUUUGAUCGUGGGAAGGGGUUCGCUGGGUAUAUUGUCAUGGAUUCUUCAAGUGGGCCACCUGUUUAUGAUUUUGAUUUAGACCAUUGGUACCAAAUGGAUUUGUUAUGGGCAACCUUAAUUAUGUUUUUAUUUGUGUGGUUGUCUGUGGAAGCUGAGAAUAGUAUUGGUAGUCAUAAGCUGUAUGAGAGACAUAUUCUUGUGCUUCAGAUUCUUUCGAAACAACGUGAAAUCCUCUUGGCGGUCCUUCCAGCUUCUAUCUCCAAUCUUGCAGCCGAUAAUGAUGCUCAGCCCAAUGAUAUACUGGAGCGAAGUCCUGGUCAGGUUGCACUAUGGCUUACAGUCAAGGAUUGUAUUGGUAGUCAAUUUCUGAGAGCUAGAAUAGUGAAGGGGCAGCUAGCCUUUCUCCUCACAUCCGAGGCCAGGUUUGAUUUUGCUACUGGCAGUAUUUAUAGUAUGGAAAUAGUUAUAUAUUUGGGAAUGAUACUGGUCGCGCGGGAGCUUCGACAACUUCCACAAAAGGGUAGCAAGCACUGUACAGGUCAAGGGAGUAGUACGGCGUGGAAAGUACUUGGAGAAUUAUAUUUUUCCUUUAGCUGGCAAGGAAGCAGCACUUCUUAUUCAAGACUUUUACACAAAGAAUUGUCAGUUACCAAGGGUGUCUCAUUGUACUAUCACAGCGGUUUUGACUCUUGCAUAUGGUUCAACAACGGCUGAAGGAGAUAGUGGGCACUGCCACUGCGGCUUCACGUUUUCACAACUGCACCGCCAGGCUCCAAAACAACCUUGUGUAACUGAAGUUGCCGACUCGCCGCUCAUCCUUGAGGACAAGGAUGUUUCGUAGGGGAAGGGAAUGUCAUGUACCUACUAUAUGUGAGAGAGUGCCCAUAUCCUGUUGAGUGUCGGUAUUUAGUGUAAGUUACAGUUGGUAGUAUUUAGCUAAUUAGUGUUUGCUAUUAUCAGUUGUAGGGGGUGCCUUGGAUGCAACCACCUGGGCUAUUUUUAUUCGUUGGAUGUUAGGAUAGAAUACCUAAAUAUAUAAGCUCAGAGUCUGUAAGAGAAAGGUAAUCCAAAAUUAUUAAUCAAAAUAGAACUUUGUUCCUA